ACAAAUGUGAGGAAAAAGCCCGCUCUACCAAACACACCUACGUAUGUGGUUUUGAAAGUACUUUGUUCUGUCUGUGCUGUGUCGCUAGAUUUGGCGUUCCGGUGGCAUAUUGACACAUACAAGACACAAGACACUUGGACACAUACAAGCCGUUACGACAUCUUGUGUGGGAUAUGUGGUGACAUGGUGACACAUACAAAGCGUUACAGAGUCUUGUGAGGGAUAUGAGGUGGCCUUCUGACACACACAAGUACAAGACACCUAGACACAUACAAACCGUUACAACAUCUUGUGUUGGAUAUGAGGUGACGUGCUGACACAUGCAAGACACCUAGAAACACAUAAAACGUUAUGGCGUCUUGUGUGGAAAAAGAGCUGUUCUGAUGAGAGACAGCACCAAAUACUGACGUCACCUUUCUGAUCAGCCAAUGAAUAAAAAGAAGGCCAACAGUCUUAAACCAAUCGUUUCACUGAAAAACUAGAUUCAAAUUCAAAAUGCUGGACUACUACUUUGUACCCUACUCGGGUUUCAUGCUGCUAUUUUUAGCCAUCAUCGUCUGCAACUCUCUCACCAUCUACGUCAUUGCCAAGAAUCGGAAAUUGCGUAGCAUGGCUAGCAACAUCUUCUUCCUGAAUUUGGCGGUUGUGGAUUCGCUGAUAGGCCUUGAUAUUUUCGCUGCUCUGAACUUCCCGAUGAUGUUCCCUAUGGCAGAGAUGAUCAAGCUGGACUGUGUCCUGGUGGAGUUGUUCUUUAAUGGUCUGUUCGAGGCUUCCAUGUUGUUCACUUUUGCCAUUUCGGUGGAUAGGUUUGUGUUCAUCAAGUGGCCCCUCCAGUACCCCAAGCUGGCCCGGCCACGUACUGUGUGGAAGAUCUCAGCCACUAUCUGGCUCAUCUCCGUACUCUGCGCCGUAUUCCCAUUGGCCAGUCCUGUGGUCAGACACCCCUUGACCUGCCGGAAACCGGUGGAUGACCACCUCUUCCUGCUCAUGCUGGACCUGGUCUACGUGGUUUUUUUCGUCUCCACAGUCGCCUCCUUUCUAUUCUACUUCCUGCUGCUGCGCAUUGUGCGUGCGCAGACGAAGCGGUUUCAGACCAGGUCGGUGCAGUUUGAGCUAGAGCUGAGGAAAACAAUGGCCGUGGUGAGGUCUGGGGAGAGGGAGGAGGAGAUACAGGUGGGGGAGGAGCGGGGGGAGAAGAGGGAGGAAAAGGGGGAGGAUAAGGGGAAAAUGGGGGAGGACGAGGUGCCGAAUAGAACGACGGAGGAAGAGAAGAUGGAGAAAAAAAAGGAGGAAGGAAAGGAAGAAAAAGAGGAAGAGGAGGAGGAAGAGAAAGAAGAGAGGGAAUCAAAGGAUUAUGGUCAAGGUGUGGGGAAUGAGUCAGCGAUCUGCACAAAGACAGACAUGUCUCUGUUCACGAACAAGUUUGCCGAGAAAGAAAUAGACCUACCAAGCGACACCUCCGCGAAAGCGAUAAAGUUUUUCACAUGUAAGAAACCCUCUCUCUCUGAAAACAACGCACUCCCCAUCACAAAGUCUGCACCUGUGUUUGUAUUUUAUGAGGAUGAAAGGAGAAGGAUGAAGUCACUAGACAGGAAAUUGCCUGCAACGUCCCGUUUAGAUGGAAUUAAUAAAAAUGAAAGAAUUUGUCAAUUCGAGGGUACCCAAAGCAAGCUUGGAAGUGUUUCAAAAAAUUCAAAAACUUCAGAGAAGAAGAGAGAAGAUGGUGUAUGUUCCAAAGUCUUAAAAAAACCAUCUGCUGCUUCUCCCACUAUUUGGCAAGUUACUUCUGACGGUAACUGUCAUUUUUUUAGUAGAACCAGUAACUGUUCAAAGGAUGUAACACCGAACGAUAAGAAUGCUGAAAAGUGUAAAGAAAAACCUAGCCUUACGAACACGUUACCCAGAUGUACAGCGGUGAAUGGUCCAACCCAGCCAUCGAUAGACAGGGGAAGGACGCUGGGCAGUUGUCGUCUGGUGCCGAUCUCUGAACACGAGACGGGUGGAACAGACGGUCGUGAUUGUAGGGUAGAAAUGAUCUGUUCUGAAGACAUGGAAGUUGGGGAGGGCUGUGGUAGCUGUGAUACAAACUGGCUGACAGCUGCUACGGCGAGAUAUGAGAUGGAUAAACCUUCGUCCGGAUCGGAAUGUGGCGGGGAAACGUGUAUAGAUAUGUUAGGAACACGUUCUCAUGGGGGCACAAACUGCUUCUUUGACGAUCAGCUCCAGUUAUCUGACGAGACUUUGCUAGACAGCAAAACCACCCGCAGGAAAGGAAAUGGACCAGAAGUGUUCUCUUCUCUUGGCCACGACGAAUCUUCUACACACGAAAAUACGGCGACUAUUGAAGAGUCAUUCAGACUGUCCGCCACGUAUCACACUCACAAGGACUGGCCAAAAAAUAAAGCGACCUUCACCUUUCCCCAGAUUAACAUCUCCGACUCGAUAUCUGUGCAGAACCUCGGCCGUCCAUCGUCACUGUCUUCACGCACCGUCGUGGAGUCUGUCUGUGUCAGAGAAUCCUUGAGGUGGCCGGCGCCGCGGGUGAAAGAACCAAGAGACUCUCAGUACUGGGAACCCAGACGGCUACUAUCGUCCACUUCUGAUGUAUCGUUCGACUCCACCGCAACUGUCGAUUCUUUUUUAAGUAGUAUGGACACAGAAGACGACCCAUCCUCCCCUCGAAUACGAGAAACGCGAUUUUCUUCAGAGAGCCCAGAACCCGCGGACACGAAUAACACUGAGGACUGGGAAAGAGAUGGGGACGAUUCUGAAAGUAACAUCGAGGACUGGGAAAGAGCUGGGGACGAUUCUGAAAGUAACAUCGAGGACUGGGGAAGAGCUGGGGACGACUCUGAAAGUAACAUCGAGGACUGGGGAAGAGCUGGGGACGAUUCUGAAAGUAAGGCCAAGGUGUUCCCGGGCCCAAACACACAACCCGGGCAUACUCAGAGAAGACGACAAGGACGGACGGUCUCUCAGAGAGGGCACGACAGCGUGCAUGAGUUGAGGCGAAACCUGAAACUUCAGAAGGACAUCCGUGCCGCCAAACUGCUCUUCCUCAUGUUCUUCGUGUUCGUAGUGUGCUGGCUGCCGUGUGCCGUAAUGUUCUACGUGGCUCGCGCCUACCAACUGCCCCAGUUCAGCACACACAUCAUCAACCUGCUGGGCUUCUCCAACUCCGUGUUCAACUUCUUCGUCUACCCCAUGAAGGUCAACCAGUUCCGGGCGGCUCUCAGGAAGACGGUGCCGGUGUGUCGGAGGAUCAUGCAGGAGAACAGCAGUAGCAGGAGAUCGGACUGAACGCAGGAGUAGCGGGUGAUGGGACUGAACACAGGAGUAGCGGGAGAUGGGACUGAACACAGGAGUAGCGGGAUAUGGGACUGAACACAGGAGUAGCGGGAGAUGGGACUGAAGGCAGCAGUAGUGGGGGAUUGGACUGUACUCAGGAGUAGCUGAACACAGGAGUAGAUGAACACAAGAGUAACAGGAGACUGGACUGAACACCGGAGUAGCGGGACAUCGAACUGAACGCAGGAGUAGUAGUGGGAGAUAGGAUUGAACACAGGAGUGGCGGGAGAUGAGACUGAACAUAGGAGUAGCUGAACAUAGGAGUGGCGGGAGAUGAGACUGAAUAUAGGAGUAGCUGAACAUAGGAGUGGCGGGAGAUGAGACUGAACAUAGGAGUAGUGGGAGAUCAGACUGAAUAUAGGAGUAGCUGAACAUAGGAGUAGCGGGAGAUCAGACUGAAUAUAGGAGUAGCGGGAGAUCAGACUGAAUAUAGGAGUAGCUGAACAUAAGAGUAGCGGGAGAUCAGACUGAAUAUAGGAGUAACUGAACAUAGGAGUAGCGGGAGAUCAGACUGAAUAUAGGAGUAGCGGGAGAUCAGACUGAACACAGGAGUGGUGGGAGAUAACACAGGAGUAGCGGGUGAUCGGACUGAAUAUAGGAGUAGUGGGAGAAAACACAGGAGUAGCGGGAGAUCAGACUGAAUAUAGGAGUAGUGGGGGAUCGGGCUGAAUUCAGGAGUAGUGGGAGAUAGGUCUCGUGAUAGUUGUGUCAUUCUACCAUAGAAUGUAUGAUCAAUUUUUGUAUAGCAGCAUGGGUCGCGAACACAGGACAACAAGAUAAAGAAAAAAUAUACCGACUAAUACGGAAAGCAUGCAACAUUUCAACAUCUACAUCCCCUACUUUAAUGAAUUGUACGUUACAGCUUGCACUACAAAACUUAAUUUCAUCUUUUUGGACUAUGCAUAUCCCUUGUUCCCCCAAAUAAAAAUAUAAGUCAGAAGUAAAAGACCUAGGCUUCUUAUAUUGUGUAAAAAAAAACCCAACAAGAUACAGAAGGUCUUUUGUACCAUCAUCCAUUAAACGUUUUCCAUCUUAAGCAUCUUGUUAUAAGUAUUCAUAUGACCUCAGAGCA